CGCCCGCAGCCAAUCAGCGCGCCGGGGACGCUGCGCGCUUUAAGGCCGCUGCGGGGAGAACAGAAACCAAGUUCCCCGGCAACGAGCAGCAUCAACCCGGCGGGAGGCCGGAGCCAGAGAGGCCCAAAAAGGCUGCGGAGUGAGCCGGCCUCUCCGUGUCCGGCGCGCCCCCCUCCGCCUUCUUCCUCGGCCGCCCAGCCCUAAAUUUCGAUUAGCUUUUUCGCCUACGGAAAUCCUAGGGAGGGGGUUAGGAGCAGCUGCGCCCCCCUCCCUGCGGCUGCCGCCCCCCUGCUUUUAAGGCGCUGCUCCCUGCCGCGUGCGCCCGGGCAGUGCAUCUCGGCAGGCCCCAACCAUGUCGAUGCUGCCGUCGUUCGGCUUCACGCAGGAGCAAGUGGCGUGCGUGUGCGAAGUUCUGCAGCAAGGCGGGAACCUGGAGCGUCUGGGCAGGUUCCUGUGGUCGCUGCCCGCCUGCGACCACCUGCACAAGAACGAAAGCGUUCUCAAGGCCAAGGCCGUGGUUGCGUUCCACCGCGGGAACUUCCGCGAGCUCUACAAGAUCCUGGAGAGCCACCAAUUCUCGCCUCACAACCACCCCAAGCUGCAGCAACUGUGGCUGAAGGCGCACUACGUGGAGGCCGAGAAGCUGCGCGGCCGGCCCCUGGGCGCGGUGGGCAAAUAUCGGGUGCGCCGAAAAUUCCCGCUGCCGCGCACCAUCUGGGACGGCGAGGAGACCAGCUACUGCUUCAAGGAGAAGUCGCGGGGUGUGCUGCGGGAGUGGUACGCGCACAACCCGUACCCCUCGCCUCGUGAGAAGCGGGAGCUGGCCGAGGCCACGGGGCUCACCACCACCCAGGUCAGCAACUGGUUUAAGAACCGGAGGCAAAGAGACCGGGCCGCCGAGGCCAAGGAAAGGGAGAACACCGAAAACAAUAACUCCUCCUCCAACAAGCAGAAUCAACUCUCUCCUCUGGAAGGGGGCAAGCCGCUCAUGUCCAGCUCAGAAGAAGAAUUCUCACCUCCCCAAAGUCCAGACCAGAACUCGGUACUUCUGCUGCAGGGCAAUAUGGGCCACGCCAGGAGCUCAAACUAUUCUCUCCCUGGCUUAACGGCCUCACAGCCCAGCCACGGCCUGCAAGCCCACCAGCAUCAGCUCCAGGACUCCCUGCUGGGCCCCCUCACCUCCAGUCUGGUGGACUUGGGGUCUUAAGUGGGGAGGUACUGGGCCUGGAAGCAGUGACUAGGGACACUUGUAAAUAGAAAUCAGGAACAUUUUUGCAGCUUGUUUCUGGGGUUCUCUGCGCAUAAAGGAAUGGUGGACUUUCACAAAUAUCUUUUUAAAACUCAAAACCAACAGCGAUCUCAAGCUUAGUUAGUUACCUUCUUCUCUCCAACUCUUGCAUUUCCCAUCCCAGUGCAGAGAUCAGGGAAAAAAAAAAAAAAAAAAAACCCAAACAAACAAAAGCACCCACUCACCCAGUCUUGGUUCUGGGCAAUCCAUGUGCCAGCUUCACUAGCCUUUCUUUCUUUCUUUCUUUCUUUUUUUUCAGUGAAUGGGAAUUACAAAUCAACUGAAUUUUACUUAUUUCCUUUUAAUUUAUUUAUGGCAAAAUCAUUUGGGAAGAGGAAAAGGAAAUGAAGAGAGAGAGAGAAGUCAAAAUAGUGAAAAUAAAAGCCUCCAGCCAGGAGGAAAAUGUUUGCAUUCUUAAGGUGAAUAGGAAAAAUAUGAUCUUAUAACUUUUUUUUGAUGGGGAAAAAUUAAGUUUACAUUUUUCAUUAUUUAGUGUUAAACACUUUUAUGUAGAUUAAAAUGAAAGAACAGUAUUAGGGGGAAAAAAUAAGUGCCUAAAUGUCUUAAUGCUCUCUGUGUAAGGCAGUUAGAAAUAGCAGUGACCAUUAGUGCUACAACUAUUUUUGUCAAAUUUAGUGGGGUUUUUGGUUGUUGUUUGUUUUCUUGGGUUUUUUUAAUGGCAAACUUUAAAAAUGUACCAAUGUGGAAAAAAAAAAAAAAACAAAACACUUUCCUGAAUGCCAUUACUUCUCAUGCCCUUGAAGCUUUCGUAUCUGUAGCCUACUCCUGUUAAGGGUUUCUCUUGUUCCUAGUUUCUAGCCUGCAAAAAUAUGCGACAAAUCUGGCAACCUGGUAUUUGUUACUAAAACAGCAUGUGUUUUCAGGUUUCUUUUCUAUUGUACCUAAACCAGUCUAAAUUAAAACUUAGUAGAACACCAGGAGUACGAUUCUGUUUCUGAAAGGUGAGUUGUGUAUUGCUGUCAUUGGGCCCUAUUUUUUUUUUUUUUUGAAGUUUUCUUGCUUUCUUACUUAAUGAUGGUUAUGAAUUGCAGGGUACUUUGAAGGCCACCACCUGAACCAAGAGUGGUGACUGAGUUGAUUAUGUGAUAGAAAGAGUGAAGUUAGCUCUAGGGUAUUUAUUUAUUUUUUUAUUAUUUAGAUAUGCAGUUUUGUUUACCACUAGCUCUUCUCCACAGCGUUCAUAUGUUAACUCAGCUCUUUUGUAUUAAUGAGUUUAUGACAAGACUGUGAAAGUAAAAUAAUAUAUCUGCUUGGAAAAAAAAAAGGUGGGGGGGACUCGAACAUGGAUAACAACAUUGUGAAUUAACCUGUAUAAAUAGAAAGCAGACCAACAGGACAGGGGCUCUUUGCACUGCUGUGAGAUAGUGUCCAGAAAAAUCCCAGUAAUCGUGUAGGCUCCAUAUUAUUUUUGCCUGGGGCAAAAAUGAUGUAUCUUUGUAUUUAGCUUUUAAAAUUAGUGAAACAAAUGGCAUUAUUUAUUAAAAUUCUACUCAGGAUAACAGGA